UGAAAACUCUCGGAAGGAACAUUUUAGUAGUAAUUGGAACACCACGACCUUCGAAGGUUUUUGUUUUGCGCUUUGACGUGAAGUUUAACUCAGGAUUUUAAAGAGGUUAACUUGCAUGGCUUUGUGUUAACCUUAGUGUAAGGAAGUUCUCUUUUCAAGGUAUCGAGCUAAUUUCAUUUGCGCAACCAACCUUCGAAGAGAAAAAUUACGUCCGUGCGAGUCCACCCGCGUAGUCUUGAUUGUCAGUUGCCGAAGUCAUUGUCAAACAAACUAAUAAUGCAAGAGUCCAGCGCAUCAGAAUCCAUACCAACUUCUGCAACACACCAAACUCGAGAGGAAAAUAAGCCUCGCCGAUCUCCUCCUCCUCUUGUGUCUAUGGACGGAACUCGUAGGGACUCGCUUGUGGGGCUCCAAAGACUUGUUUACAGCUCGCAAAUAUUUACGCAUUCACGAACAUCGCACGAAGAUCCCCGCCCUGUGGCGAACAUUGGCGAGAACGUUGUGGAAGUCAAACCAGGUAAUUUCUGCCUUUUCUGACUUUUAAAGGCCACUCAACGUUUAGCAGUAGUUAAAGUUAUUUACUUCGUAGCCGAAGACACUUAAACGUAUCAUCAAAGACAAAAAUGGAGUUACUUCCUUUCAGAAAAGAAGACAAUUGUUAUCACAGCACACUUGUUUAAAGAAAUUCUAAUACUUAAUCAAAAAACAGAAGGAAAAAAAAAGAUUUAGGAAUAAUCAUCUUAAAAAAAAAAUUGGAAUUCUCUUACUCUUGUCUUUAUUACCAUUAUUUAUUGUGCUACUAAAUCAUUCAUGAUUUGUCGCAAAGUAAUAUUUUCACCCAGCAUGAAAUCAUCAUUAAGGUUUUAAUCAUUCUACAAGAGGUCUUCGCCGCGCGAUAUUCACUUGGCGACACAUUUUCACGCGACAAAGCCAUAGGAUGAUAUCUUGCUAUGGCGGUUUAAGGCAUAAAAAUGGAAUUUGCGAUCUUCAUGAUAACUCACGAUAACACGAAAAUUAUAAACGCUGAGGUUUCUUUGGACUAAAAAUAUAAUAAGAACUCAAACAUGGCUUUCAUUUCCUUCGUUUGUCAAAUUUUGUCACCAAACCCGAAAGGGAAAGAAAGGUGAUAUUUGUAAUAACUGAGUCAAAUAUGGACUCGUGUUUCUCUGUCGGUUUGAUAUCUAAUGGCUGGCACAUCGCGAAUAAAGACAGGAAACAUCGGUAAUUAUUCGUUUCAUAGAUAAAAAAAUCUUCGAAUUGAGAAAAAAGAAUUUAUUUCCUCUUUGGAUAUCUUAAAAUUAAACCAGUGCAUCCACGGUCAAUAUUCACCGAAGUUUUAUGAUUUUUUUUGGAUACGAUUCUAGAAACGAAGACGAAACACGCUCUCUCCUUUCUAUUUUAAAACUUACUGUACGCAAAGAGAAGCUGAAUGGUUCCGCACAAAGUUACCAAGAGGUUACCGUGAAAGAGGAUGCAUCGUAAAUUAUCUGAAAGGAAGACCUGCAACUCUCUAGUGUGCCAAAAUUGGAAAAGUGGAGAAAAAAUGCCAGACAAAAUCCUAAAAACCGAAUUAACAGAUUGAUGAUAGCAACGAUCUUUGAAUUUAUUCUUGCAUAAAACGGAGAGAACAUUUCUGAAAUGAAAGAGUUUCUCGCUAAACUUCGCUGAUGUGAAAGAGCUGCGGGAGCCUCGAAACUUUCCACCUUUCAUAGAGAUAUUUGCUGUGAAAAACUAGGCGUUGCCACUGAUAUCACAGCGUUUGAGAUAAGUCCAAUCUUGUCAAUCUUGUUAGGUCAGUUUGAGCUUAUAUCGCAAAGAUCAAUAACUAUAACUUCGCCACCUCGAUACUAAGUAGGUUUUGUAAUAUACUGAGUGAUAUUCUACAGAAGGAAAUACAAAUUGUCUUGAUCCUGGGAUCUUUUGAAAUAAAUGGUAUUUGAAAAAUACCCACAACAACUAUUCGGCUCAAAAUCCGAUAUAUCGUGACCGCUCAACAAUCCUCGCCCUUUCUAAGGCUUGUAAUUUAUUGCGAUGACGCACAAGAGAGGGCACUUCGAUUGCGUUUUGCAAAAUCAAUACCAAAGUAAUCAUGACGAAUUUAUCACAAGAAUUAAGGCAAAUAUCGCCAGGAGCCAAUAAGACGUUAGAGUAGCGACAAGUAAAUUGCUAAAGCGCGGAAAAAUGCGUGUGACCAAGCAGUGAUUGGCUGUGUUGUUACAUCUGAUUAGUUGAGAGUGAGACGCAAGUUUUUCUUUUAGGACCAAUCACAGUACGUGGUAAGGUAAAUCCUAUGCAAUACCGUAUACUUACGACAUUCAAUUUGAAAUUGCUUUAACUGUUUUGAAUGGUUAUACUUUCAGGCCCAAGAUCUGCUCAUUCGCAGACUCGACCAAGUCUCCCCAGCCCAAAACCCAAGAGAAGCAGGACUUCGUUCACGCCGACGCAGUUAGAGCGACUAGAAGAGGAAUUUUCAGUGGAUAUGUACGUGGUUGGUUUAAAACGAAUGAAGCUGGCAAACGAGUUAAACCUGUCGGAAAGACAAGUUAAAGUCUGGUUCCAAAACAGGAGGAUGAAGUACAAAAGGGAAAGAGCCAAGUCCAGAUCAGACGGAGGAAAAUUAAACUGAGCGGACUCAACUCUACGUUAUUUAUUGUAUCAGAUUCAGCAAAUAAUCAUUGUGUAAAUACCUAAUAUUCCAUAAAAUAUACGGCGAGUGCAUAUACCUGAAGCGUGCAAUUAUAACGGAUUGACUUUUAUUGACAUUUACCUCAAAUUUUGCUGACAUUCCUUGAUUUAUUACAAAAGAGAAUUAUGGGAAGCAAUACUAAGUGGAAAGAAAGUCACAUUAAAUAUUG